CGUGAGCAGGCCGCCGGUUCUCUCGGUAGCUUCUGUCCCCCAAAGCGCUCUAGACCAGGGCAAAAUGCACUGAUAUCCAGGCUGUUUUAAAACUAGUUGAUAAACCAGAUACCGUUUUGCCAUAAGCCCUUGGACCACAUUUAAGUGGAACUCCCAUCUAACUUGGGUGCCUGAAACAUUUUAGACACCAGUGUCUAAUCCCAAUCAGUGAAGAUUACUGGAGUAGUUCAAAAGCUCAUCUGUGCAGAAUAGCCACACAGCAAAAAUGUUUGCAAAAUUAAAAAAGAAAAUUGCAGAAGAAACUGCUGUGGCUCAGAGGCCAGGAGGAGCUACUAGGAUCCCUCGGUCUGUGAGCAAGGAAUCCGUGGCAUCUGUGGGAGCUGACUCAGGAGAUGACUUUGCUUCUGAUGGAAGCAGCUCUAGAGAGGAUCUUUCAUCCCAACUUCUGAGAAGAAAUGAACAGAUACGGAAGUUGGAGGCCAGACUUUCUGACUAUGCUGAACAGGUCCGAAACUUGCAGAAGAUAAAAGAGAAGCUUGAAAUUGCAUUAGAAAAACACCAGGAUUCUUCCAUGCGGAAAUUUCAAGAGCAGAAUGAAGCAUUCCAAGCCAACAGAGCCAAAAUGACAGAAGGACUGGCUUUGGCAUUAGCCAGAAAGGACCAGGAAUGGUCAGAAAAACUAGAUCAGCUAGAAAAGGAGAAAAGAUUUUUGACGGCUCAAUUACAGGAAAUAGAGAGCCAGAGUUUGAAUCUUUUCCAAAGGAGAGAUGAAAUUGAUGAAUUAGAAGGGUUCCAGCAACAGGAGCUAAGUAAAGUAAAGCACAUGCUUUUAAAAAAAGAAGACAGUCUGGGGAAAAUACAGCAAGAGUUGGAGGCACAGACCAAAGAAUUUAGUCGAACCCAGGAGGAACUGAUAACCUCUAAUCAGAUGUCAUCAGACUUAAGGCAGAAGCUAGAAGAAUUGCAGAGACACUACUCAGCGCUGGAAGAGCAGAGAGAUUAUGUGACAGCUGCCAAAGCAGAUGCAGAAAAUAAGAUCACAGCCCUAGAGCAAAAGGAACAAGAGCUCCAAGCAUUCAUUCAGCAACUUUCCAUUGAUUUGCAAAAGGUCACUGCUGAAACUCAGGAGAAAGAAAAACUCAUCACACAUUUGCAAGAGAAGGUUGUGUCCUUGGAGAGGAGACUGGAACAGAAUUUAUCAGGAGAAGAAUAUGUACAAGAACUCCUGAAGGAGAAAACAGUUGCUGAGCAGAAUUUGGAGGAUACCAGACAGCAACUGUUGGCAGCCAGAACCAGCCAGGCCCAGGCCAUCAGCGUCCUGGAGACUCGGGUGAAGGAGCUACAGCAGAGUCUACAGGCCUCUGAGGAGCGGUUUAGGCAGAGCAGUGACCUUGUGGCCACCCAGGAGGCACAGAUCCAGCAGCUUGUGGCUGCAAAGGAGAGUAGCCUUUCAGAGCAGCAGACCCUCGCCCUGAAGCAGCAGUGCAUGGAGCGCACGUGUGCACUGGAGGCCCAGAUAGUAGCCUUGGAGCAGGCACGCGUGGCUGACCAGACGGCUGCUGAGCACGCAAUGAGUGAGCUGGAGCGAGAACACGCUGCCCUUCAGGAGAGCAGGAAUGAGUAUGAACGUUCUUUACAGCAUCAUCAGGUAGAACUGAAGAAGCUAAAGGAAGAGUGGAGCCAAAGAGAGAUUGUGAGCGUGGCCAUGGCUCAGGCCCUGGAGGAGGUGCGGAAGCAAAGGGAAGAGUUCCAGCAACAGGCUGCUGAGCUAACAGCCACAAUCAAUGAGAAAGAGCAGAUUCUGCGGGAAAAGGCCGAGGUGCUUCUCCAGAAGGAGCAGGAGAUCCUCCAGUUGAAGAAAGGACACGACUCUGCCCUGCUGCAGAUGCAUCAGCUACAGAGCGAGCUGGACACCCUGAGGACCCGCAGAGUUCAGGAGGCCGCCCUGGCAGAGGCACGGGAGGACCUGCUGAGGCUGCAGGACCCACAGCCAUGUGUGACAGUGAAGGCUGCGCAGGACCCGGUAUACCAGCUUUGCCUUGCAGAAGAAACACCAAAUGGUGAGGUGGGGCCCAUAGAUCUAGGGCAGCUACAGAAGGAGAAACAGGACUUGGAGCAGCAGCUUACAGAGAAAAAUAAGACCAUAAAGCAGAUGCAGCAGAGGAUGCUGGAGCUCAGGAAGACACUGCAGAGGGAGCUGAAAAUCAAACCCGACAGUGAGCUCUUUGAAGUCCGGGAGAAGCCAGGCCCCGAGAUGCCAAACAUGGCUUCCUCUGUCACAAAUAACGCUGACCUGACAGAUGCCCGAGAAAUCAACUUCGAGUACCUUAAACAUGUUGUUUUAAAAUUCAUGUCCUGUCGAGAAUCUGAGGCUUUUCAUCUUAUCAAAGCUGUGUCAGUGUUGCUGAACUUUUCUCAAGAGGAAGAAAAUAUGCUCAAAGAAACCCUGGAGUAUAAGAUGUCCUGGUUUGGUUCCAAACCAGCUCCCAAGGGCAGCAUCCGGCCAUCUAUCUCAAACCCUCGGAUACCAUGGUCCUAGAGGAACACCCAGGGAAGAGCUCCGUGGCUUGACACCUUUUUCUGUGAAAAGAACACUGACUGACACACCAGUGUGGGUGGGUUUUUAAUCACUGUAAUUGCAGUAUUUUGUACAUGUGUCUAAACAUUGUUUACAAGACUUAAGGCCCACCUCCCCGCAGGCUGACAUGAACCCCAGAAGGGAGCUGAUCCCAUGUCAUUCUGCUCACCAAGUGAGAGGGUCCCAGCACUACCCAGGUUUCCAGAGUGCUGCUAACAUAAUACCCGGUCCUGACCAGCUCACGUCUAUACCUGAGUCCUCUUAACAUUAGUACUUAAAGCUGAAACAAGAAUUCAGCAUGUCAGGAGGCAGCUGACUCAUCGUGAAGGGGACACUGGAGGUAGAAACCGCCCUUUGGAGUGGUGCCCAGCAAGUCAGCCCCACCUGCUCCUCCACGGAAAGCCACCUCAAAAGAAUGACUUCAUAGGUCUCUCACAGCCUUUGGGUUCAGAAGAAUUAGAAGAGGCUUUUAAUCCUUCCUCUCAAAAACACAUCAUUUGUUUCAACAAACCACCUACAACUUGAGAUGGGCCAGAAUGGAUUAAUGAAGAAUAUGCAACUUCCUGAUGUUAUCUCCAUUUUGCUUAAAACUAGCAAACAGAUAAAAGGCCCCAAGUAUAGUACCAAAUACACUCAAUUGCCUUUUUAAUGAAUGUACUUGUCUUGGAUAGGUUGCUGGUAAACCAUUUUAAACUAUUUUUUAUAGCUAAACUUCUUUGCUAUUAUAAACAUGUCUUCUUUAUUAUAAAAUCCACUUAAUUGGUAUUCUUAUAGAAAAACCAGAGCAUCAAGAGGAAACUAUUUAUAAAACUAGGGUCCUGUCCCUUUGUAAUUUUGCCAGCCUUCUGUGGAACAUGCUCUCUGGAGCAGUGGUGGUAUUUCAUCUGCUUUGUUCCUAAUUCUGUCUUUCUAUCACUGAGCAAAUGUUAAUCACACCUUUUUACCAGAGGACAAUCCGCUGAAUUCAACAAAAGUAGCAGCUGUCCCUUCUUGCCCCAACCAUGACCAGACAUUAGAGUCAUCUAUUUAGUUUGCAGAGCUAUCCCUCCCUCCCACCCUAGCCCUCUACUUAGGGUGACACUACAUUCACACCUGCCAUCCACACAGCCACAGCUGGCUGCAGUACCUGA